AUGGCUAACGAAAAGCAAGAAACCAUCUCUUCCUCUCAUAUCAAAGCACCAAGUGAUCAGGGUGAGGCUCGCGACGUCAUUGCUGGGAGACCAGACCUCGAUCUAGCCGCUAAAUUUCUCGCCAAUCUCGACCCGGCAAUCACCUCCGAGCCAAUAUCAGACAAAGAGGCUCGUCGUGUCCUAUGGAAGAUCGAUCUGAGGAUCCUCCCUCUCAUUGCUUUGACAAUUAUUCUUGCUGCGGUCGACAAGGUUAUCAUAUCCAACGCGGCGAUCUACGGUAUGAGAGACGAUACCAACCUUGUCGGAGACCAGUUCUCCUGGGUGGGCUCCAUCUUUUAUUUUGGAUACCUCUUCUUCGAAUACCCUGCCGGACUCAUCAUUCAGAAGUUUCCUGUCGCCAAAGUCUUUGCUGGCGCUUGUAUGGGCUGGGCAAUCAUGAUGCUGUGCACAGCGGCGACGCAGAAUUUUGCCGGUCUUGCCACUGUUCGUUUCAUCAUGGGAAUGUCCGAGGCUUUUGUGUUUCCAAUUUGCAGUAUCUUGACCGUCAUGUGGUGGACGAAAGAAGAGCAACCAAUUCGAGUAGCGUUCUGGUUCAAUCAGGGCUCAUCGAUCUUCUCGGGAAUCAUCAGCUAUGGCAUCGGACAUACCCACACCUCUCUCCACCCAUGGAGGCUACUGUUUUUGGUUCUCGGAGCUUAUUCUGUUCUGUGGGCAGUUCUCCUGUGGUUUUCCCUGCCCGAUUCUCCCACCACCUGUCGCUGGAUGAGCGACCGUGAAAAGUACAUUUGCUUGGUUCGAGUCAAGGACAACAAUACCGGUAUGGAGGACAAGCGCAUCAAAUGGUACCAAGUCCGGGAAUGCUUGAUGGAUCCCAAGACCUGGCUUCUUGCUCUCUUUUCAUGUGCCCAAAAUAUCCCGAACGGUGGCCUGGUCACUUUCGCCGCUAUCAUCGUCACGGGCCUUGGGUACUCUCCUCUCAAUACGACACUUCUGGGAAUCCCUACUGGAGUCCUAGCUACAGUUUGGCAGCUCAUCCUUGCCUAUCCAGCAUCAAAGAUCAAGAACUCUCGGUGUAUCAUCAUUGCAUUGGCCAACAUCGUCCCUAUGAUUUGCGCAAUCCUCAUGUGGAAAUUGCCUCGAACCAACCAACAUGGCCUACUUGCAGCUUAUUACGUGUUUUACACGUACUGGGCGCCAUAUGUGCUCUGCACUUCUCUCCCCAUGGCCAACACAUCGGGACAUUCAAAGAAAGUGACCAUGAAUGCCAUCUUCUUCCUCGCUUACUGCCUGGGCAACAUUUUAGGACCCCAGGUGUUUCGUGAUUCAGAUGCCCCGGAUUACCCACACGGAUAUGCUGGACUCCUGGCUUGUAUUACUGUCGCAAUUGCUGCGAUCUCUGGCUACGGUCUGCUCUGCUACGGGGAAAAUCAGAAGAGGGAGAGAGAAGGAGCUUUUGAUGAGCGAGGCGAAGAGGUCAUGGAAGCGUUCUCAGACAAGACUGAUAAGGAGAAGAGAUCGUUUCGCUACACGUACUAA